GUAGCGAUUUUUGAAUCACUCGCCAAUAGGAGUUCAGAAAGCCCAGGCAGUGAAAUUAGCCUAGUAAAACCGCGCCCUUUUCAGAUUCAAAGUAAAGCGUUACCAUUCUUCUCUUAGCAUUGGAUGUGAGAACAUGAAUAAAAUGGUGCAUGAAAAUAUCGAAGAUCUGUGUAAGCCCGCACUUUACCGCGCUGUGGCAGCAGAAUUUUUCGGAACCCUAUUUUUGGUUUUAUUCGGAUGUGGAGCUAUUGACAACAAUGCCGCCGCUGUAUCCGGUCAAGGUAGUGUUGUACAAAUAGCCCUUACAUUUGGACUUGUUUACGGAUCAAUGGUAUGGUGUUUCAAUCAUGUCAGUGGCGGACAUUUCAACCCAGCAGUCUCCGUCGCCGCAGUGGUAUGCCGACGGGCUUCCGUCGUAAGAGGCCUUUUCUUUAUUCUUGCACAAUUAGUUGGAGCAAUUUCUGGUGCAGGAAUUUUGAGGGGAUUAACCGGCGCUGAUGCUGCAACUAUGGGAGUUACAAAGGUGUCGGAUCUUUUGAUGGAGGCUCAAGCAUUUGGUAUUGAGUUGCUCAUCACAUUUGUGCUUGUGUUCACUGUGCUUGCUUCAACCGAUGACAAGAGGAAUGAUCUUAGCGGAUCCGCUCCCUUGACCAUUGCGCUCGCCGUCGUCGCCGGACAUUUAUUUGCCUUCCGAUACACCAUGGCUAGUAUGAACCCCGCAAGAACCUUUGGGCCAGCUGUCGUACAGAACAUCUGGGUCAACCACUGGGUGUACUGGGUUGGACCAAUCAUUGGAGGCCUUGUUGCUGCCCUAGUGUACGAGUACGUGUUCGCAGCUGGUGCUAGCUUCAGCAGAACCAAGAAAUUCGUUCUCAAGCACAGAAAGCCAUCCGAGAAGCCCAAGAAAACAGGCAACUCUGAAGAGAUGAACAGCAGCAAAGCCGGCUUAAUUGAGACACCAGCAGUGGCGGAGAAUGAAGGUGAUGCGGUUGUUGAGAUGGAAAAGAUUGAGGAGAAGAAGGAGGAAGAAGAAGCACCUGUUGAAGCAAAAGCGGCGGAGUAAUAUAGUCACGUGACACCGUUUGUGGGCGGGAUCAAUCUUGAUAUUGGAACACAGCUUUCAUGACAAACUUUUUUUCUUAAUAGUAUUUUACAACAAAUAAAUAAACAAUAGAAAAUGCGAAAAAAAAAA